AUGCAACUGUUUGUCGACAUCGCCAAGUACAUGUCGCAAUACAUGUCAGGAAAGAGAACCUCGGAAGACGAUGCCGAGCAGGGCCCCGAUCCAAAGAAGAGAAGGGUGCAAGCCAACGCUCCUGCUGCUGCAGGACCACCGCCGGCUUCAAGUUUAACUACAACCCUCAACCAGAAAGACGUCACCAAUGUGCUAUACUCGGUGCCAGAAACAAGCUUUGCGGUGCCACAGCGAAAGAAGAUGACAGUACAAUUGGCUGCAGACCCGUCAAGGCUCGAAGAAGGCGCCAUCAGGGUCGUACAUGAGGCAUCGGGGGUCAAUCUGGCCGUUCCCUUCAGCAAUAUCGGUAGGCGAUAUCCAUGA